CAUUUAUUUUCUGAUAAAUAAAAAAUGUCCAGUAUUUUUAACAAUUUCAGAGGUAUUUCACUAUUGCCAACGAUCAGAACCAAUCCUAGCUUCGAUCUGAGCUAUUCUCGGUCAACAUCGCGCUAAGAUCUCAAAGUUGAGAUUAAAAAACUAUUUUUUCGCUUUCUUUUGCUAAGAUUCCUGGCUAAGAUCUUAACCAGGUGAGAAGCACAAGCUGUUGAGAUCCGAGCCUAGUCUUUUUCUAUUUAAUUUAUUGAUAUGAUCAAGGAGAAUUUCCAAGCAGAAACAAUUUAUCAAGUAUGAAGUUAUAUGGCAAACAUUGUGACUCCUUUCGGGCUUUUAUUACAUCAUCUUCGCUACGCGAGUCGCUACGCCACUGCAUCCAGUCGAUCUCCAGCAAUCGUCAGAGCGGCGGCCAGAAGCACGUUUCCUUGCUGAUCAACAAGUGUUUUGCGGAUUUUUCUGCGUUUCCCAAUUGAUCGCCUCCACGGAGAAACACUUUCGCCAGUUGCGUGGAAUCCGCCCAGACUUGAACACAGAAGCGCGAUGGCGUCCGGCAAAUUGGCCUUGAUUAGUGUUUCGGACAAGACGAACUUGGUGCCGCUGGGGAAGCGCUUGCAGGCGCUGGGACUGAAGCUGGUGGCCAGCGGUGGCACGGCCAAGAGCCUGCGUGAGAGUGGCCUAAGCGUGAAGGAUGUGGCGGACAUCACGGGGGCGCCGGAGAUGCUGGGCGGGCGCGUGAAGACGCUCCAUCCGGCAGUGCACGGCGGAAUCCUCUCCAGAGACACGGCGGCCGACCAGGCGGAUCUGCAGAAGCAGGGCUACGAGCUCAUCCAGGUGGUCGUGUGCAAUCUCUAUCCCUUCGUGAACACCGUGUCGCGCGAGGGCGUCACGCUGGCCGAGGCCGUGGAGAACAUCGACAUCGGCGGUGUGACUCUGCUGCGCGCGGCGGCGAAGAACCACGCCAGAGUCACGGUUCUCUGUGACCCCGACGACUACGAGGCCGUCUUCCGGGAGCUCGAGACGUCCGGCGACACCACGGCGGAGACCAGGCAGCGACUGGCGCUCAAGGCCUUCACCUGCACUGCCCUCUACGAUGACGCCAUCUCAGAUUACUUCCGCAAGCAGUUCUCGGCGGGCGUGUCACACCUGCCGCUGCGCUACGGCAUGAAUCCGCACCAGAAGCCCGCGCAGCUCUUCACCACGCUCAAGGAGCUGCCACUGAAGGUGGUCAACAGCUCUCCGGGCUUCAUCAAUCUCUGCGACGCCCUCAAUGGCUGGCAGCUCGUGCGCGAGCUCAAGGCGGCACUCAAUCUGCCCGCCGCCACGAGCUUCAAGCACGUCUCGCCGGCCGGCGCGGCCGUAGGUGUGCCGCUGACGCGCGAACAGGCGCAGCUCUGCAUGGUGGACGACAUCUUCGACUCCCUCACGCCGCUGGCCACGGCCUACGCACGCGCCCGCGGCGCCGACCGCAUGUCGUCGUUCGGGGACUUUGUGGCCGUCUCGGACGUGUGCGACGUCGCCACGGCCAAGAUCAUCUCGCGCGAAGUGUCCGACGGCAUCAUCGCGCCCGGCUACGAACCGGAGGCGCUGGAGAUCCUGCGCAAGAAGAAGAACGGCGCCUACUGCGUCCUCCAGAUCGAUCCCAACUAUGAGCCUUGCCUCAUGGAGAGGAAGACGCUGUUUGGGCUGCAAAUGGAGCAGCGCCGCAACGAUAUGAAGAUCGACGAGUCUCUCUUCGCGAACAUGGUGACGAAAGACAAGAACUUGCCGAAGAGCGCCGCCAGAGAUCUCAUUGUGGCCACAAUUGCCCUCAAGUACACGCAGAGCAACUCCGUGUGCUACGCCAAGGACGGCCAGGUGAUCGGCAUCGGCGCUGGCCAGCAGUCGCGCAUCCACUGCACGCGCCUGGCCGGCGACAAGGCGGACAACUGGUGGCUGCGCCAGCAUCCCAAGGUCGUGGGCAUGCAGUUCCGCAAGGGCGUGAAGCGCGCCGAGAUCUCCAACGCCAUCGACAACUAUGUCAACAACACCGUCGGCAAGGACAUGCCCGUGGCGCAGUUCGAGGCCAUGUUCGAGCAGCCGCCGGCCGCGCUUACGGCCGCCGAUCGCGCAUCCUGGGCGCGCCAGCUGUCCGGCGUGGCGCUCGCCUCGGACGCCUUCUUCCCCUUCCGCGACAACAUCGACCGCGCGCGCCAGUCCGGCGUGUCGUUCAUCGGCAGCCCGGCGGGCUCCACCAACGACGCCGGCGUCAUCGAGGCCUGCAACGAGCACGGAAUGGUCCUGGCACACACCAGCGUGCGUCUCUUCCACCACUAAGCCAUGGAGUGCAAUUCAACUCCCUUUAUUUCGAAUCCAACAACUUCACUUGAGUUCAAUAUAAUAUGAUGAUGAAUGUAAUGAAAAAGA